AAGAGGCGCAUACAGUUAACAUACAGAAUUAGUAUUUCGGAAGAAUAGCGGAUCGAUGCGGCGCGGCGGAUAUCUAAGUCGAGUUUUAUAUGGACUAAAAUUCACAUUCUCUUCAUAUGAGGGCAACCCAUUCUUUGGAAAAUAAUAGGAACAGCACAUCAUCAAAAUGGGUUGCUGUACGAGGCAGUGUUCAAUGAUAACAUUAUGUAUCUUACAGCUGAUCGCUACCACGGAACGACUUGUGUUUGACUUCCUUGGCUUCAUGUGGGUGCCCAUGCUGGUAGGAUUCUUCAAUAUCAUCUUCGUCCUCUUCGGCAUAUUCGGCUCCUAUCAGUACAGACCAAAAUUUAUGAUUGUGUAUUCACUAUGGCAAUUGCUGUGGCUUGGUUGGAAUAUCUUCAUCAUAUGUUUAUAUUUAGAAGCAGGAAUUCUUUCACUUGAGCAACACCAAUAUAUGUUAACAUUUAACACUAGCAGCAGUGAAAGCUGGUGGAUCGAGCACGGUUUCAACUGCUCUGUGACGUACAACAUCACCACGUUGCCUUCAGGUAUCAGUACGUCGGAGAGGAUAGGAGUCACGGGCUGCCUCCUUGACUACAGAUACAUAGAGGUCAUCCAUGCUGCAGUUCAAUGCUUUUUAUGUGUCUUGGGUAUCGCUGGGGCUAUGGUCAUGGUAAAGAAAUUCAAUGAAGAAGAAGACAGCUUUGAUUUUAUCGGUGGCUUUGAUUCUUCGUACACUGCCUACAACUCACAUGCACAAAAGCCACCUGCCACAAUGCAAUUGGAACCAAUUUAUGUAGACGCCAGGCACAGGGGGCUCCGUUGACAAACUGAAAAUGUGAGGCACUCGGCCAGAGUGAAUGCACCGAGCGACAGAUAAUGAACAAGAAAUUACAAGAGUGUCAACUUGCUUGCCAAAUUAUUGAAAACAAUUUCA